AUGGCUUUGAUGUUCACGGGGCAUACUUUAUUUCUAGCAUUAAUGAUGUUUGCUGUCUUCACUUUUGAAGAAUCUGUGAGCAAUUACUCUGAUUGGGUGACUUUCAUAGAAAAUGUAGAUCAAUACGAAAAACAGCAACUUGAAGGUCUUAGUGCUGAGCAGAAGCUGAAAAAAACCAUUCUUCAUCCAAGCUUGUAUUUCGACGCUGAAGAUGUUCAGGUACUGAGGCAGAAGGCUCAUACAAGCCAUUCUCAUCUAUUUAGAGCCAUCAGGAGCGCAGUGACAGUUAUGCUAUCCAACCCAUUAUACUACCUACCUCCACCCAAGCAUGCUGAUUUUUCUGCAAAGUGGAAUGAGAUUUAUGGUAACAAUCUGCCACCUCUAGCGUUCUAUUGUUUGCUGUGCCCCGAAGAUAAAGUUGCAUUUGAUUUUGCCCUGGAGUAUAUGGAUAGAAUGGCUGGCUACAAAAACUGGUUGGUUGAGAAUGCACCUGGAGAUGAAGUGCCACUUGGUCACUCCCUAACAGGUUUUGCCACUGCUUUUGACUUUCUGUAUAAUUCACUGGAAAAUGAGAGACGGCAAAAAUAUCUGGAGAAAAUAUGGUCUGUAAGCGAGGAAAUGUAUGAGUACUCGAAGGUUCGUUCCUGGGGAAAGCAGCUUCUUCAUAAUCACCAAGCUACUAAUAUGCUUGCUUUGCUUAUUGGGGCUUUAGUUGCAGGAGUGGACAAAGGAUCACAGGCAAAUAUUUGGAAACAUGCUGUUGUUGAUGUCAUGGAGAAAACAAUGUUUCUGCUCAAUCAUAUUGUAGAUGGGUCUCUGGAUGAGGGAGUAGCUUAUGGGAGUUACACAGCCAAAUCAGUAACCCAGUACGUUUUCUUGGCCCAGCGCCACUUUGGUAUUAACAACUUGGAGAAUAACUGGCUCAAAAUGCACUUUUGGUUUUACUAUGCCACCCUAUUGCCAGGCUUUCAGAGGACUGUGGGCAUAGCAGAUUCUAAUUACAACUGGUUUUAUGGUCCUGAGAGCCAACUGGUUUUCUUGGAUAAGUUUAUCCUGAAGAAUGGAGCUGGCAACUGGUUGGCACAGCAGAUUAGAAAACAUAGACCCAAGGACGGGCCAAUGGUGCCAUCCACUGCACAGAGGUGGAGCACACUACACACUGAAUUUAUAUGGUACGCUGCCGAAAUCACACCUCAGCCACCUCCUGACUAUGGUUCUGCUAAAAUGCAUGUGUUUCCUAACUGGGGAGUUGUUACUUAUGGGGCUGGUUUGCCAAACAGUCAGACAAACACCUUUGUGUCCUUUAAGUCUGGAAAACUUGGUGGACGUGCUGUCUAUGAUAUUGUUCACUUUCAACCAUAUGCCUGGAUUGACGAGUGGAGGAGUUUCAAUCCAGGACAUGAACAUCCUGAUCAGAACUCUUUUACAUUUGCUCCCAAUGGCCAGGUGUUUGUAUCUGAGGCUCUUUAUGGACCUAAACUCAGCCACCUGAACAAUGUCUUGGUCUUUGCUCCAUCUCCUACAAGCCAGUGCAACCAGCCUUGGGAGGGACAGCUUGGUGAGUGUGCCCAGUGGCUGAAGUGGAUUGGUGAAGAGGUUGGAGACUCAGCUGGAGAAAUUGUAACAGCCUCCCAGGCUGGAGACAUGAUGUUUGUAAGUGGUGAGGCGGUAUCUGCUUACACGUCAGCAAUGAAACUGAAAAGCGUGUAUCGCAUUUUGCUGCUCUUAAAUUCUCAGACAUUGUUAGUCGUAGACCACAUCGAGAAGGAGGAAGACUCUCCUGUUAAUUCUGUCAGUGCCUUUUUUCAUAAUCUUGACAUUGAUUUUAAAUACAUACCCUAUAAAUUUAAGAACAAAUACAAUGGAGCUAUGAUGGAUGUGUGGGAUGCCCACUACAAGAUGUUUUGGUUUGAUCAUCAUGGGAGUAGUCCUGUUGCUAGGAUACAGGAGGCAGAACAAGCUGCUGAAUUCAAAAAACGAUGGACUCAGUUUGUAAAUGUUACCUUUCCAAUGAAAAACAUGCUUACAAGGAUUGUUUACCUUUUCUAUGGCCCCUAUGUCAAUGUUUCCAACUGUAGACUCAUAGAUAAUGCAAAAUCUGGAUUUCAGAUUUCCCUUAGUGUCAACAACACUGAAAAUACCAUCUCUGUUGUGACUGAAUAUCAGAAUUUAAAGACAAGGUUCGAUUACUUGGGAUUUGGUGGUUUUGCCAAAGUAGUUCAUGAAAACAGUGUGACCAAGUUUGGUCUAGGUACUGAAUCUGUGAAAAAACAGAUAAAAAAUAACAAGGUGGUUUUCCCGUUUGGAUUCAAAGUGAACAUAGUUGCAGGGUUAAUUUUGGGUGUUAGUUUGGUCAUACUGGCUUUUCAGUGGCGGUUUUACAUAUCCUUUGGUAAAAUGUUGCGCUGGAUCCUGAUACUGGUUGUCACACUGUGGCUUAUUGAAUUGGUGGAUGUGUGGAGCACGUGUACUCGGCCCAUCUGUGCAAAAUGGGGCAGUGACAUGACAAAGCUAGAACAUGAUAAAGGCAAUAAAGCCAAACAAUUAGAAGGAAACCCUGUUGCUUUGCCAGAUGUUAUCAUUACUUCACUUCCCGCUUCUGGUGCAGAAAUUUUAAAACAGCUGUUUUUCAAUAGCAGUGACUUCUUAUACAUCAGGAUACCUACACCCUAUCUCGAAAUUCCUGAGACUGAAUUUGGAAUUGAUUCCUUUGUAGAUCCAUGUGAAUGGAAAGUUUCUGAUGUCCAGAGUGGUCAUUUUCAUCUUAUCCAAGGGUGGCUCCAGUCUCUAGUUCGAGGCACAAAGUUACAUUUACAAAACAUACAUUUAUAUGAAGCCAGCAGAAGUAAAAUUGCUCAGCGUUCCACCAUAAACAAAGACAAAAAGAAAAGAUCCAAAAAGAGAGAAUCUCUGUCAGAGCAAAGAAGCAGAGCAAGAGGCAGUCAAGAUAAAGAUGCUGAAUAUAUUAGGGAACUGAGAAGACAUCUUAUUUAUUAUCCUAGUGCACGACCUGUGCUUAGUUUAAGUAGUGGAAGCUGGACGUUAAAGCUUCCCUUCUUUCAGGAAAUCCUAGGACCGUCAAUGAGAGCGUUAUAUGUAGUAAGGGAUCCACGGGCAUGGGUCUAUUCAAUGUUGUACAAAAAUAAGCCAAGCCUUUACUCCUUGAAAAAUGUUCCACAGCACUUGGCUGCAAUGUUUAAAGGAGACAAUGGUAAAGGAAGAUGUAGUUUAAAUGAAGGCUAUGCCUUUGAAUAUGAAUCAUUAAGAAAAGAACUUUCAAAUUCUAACUCAAACGCUGUUUCUGUGUUGUCCUAUUUAUGGCUAGCAAACACAGCAGCAGCACUGAGAAUUAAUGGGGACUUGCUACCAACAAAUUACCAUCUCGUCAAGUUUGAAGAUAUUGUGAGCUUUCCUCAGAAGACUGCUGAAACAAUUUUUGCCUUUCUUGGUAUUCCUCUUCCUCCUGCUAGCUUAAACCAAAUAUUAUUUGCCACCUCCACCAAUCUUUUCUAUCUUCCUUAUGAAGGGGAGAUUUCACCAAGUAGCAUUCAUGCCUGGAAACAGAACUUGCCCAGUGAAGAGAUUAGACAGAUUGAAGAUAUUUGUUGUUCUCUAAUGGACCACUUAGGUUACCCGAAGUUUAUAGAAUAA